AUGCCAGAGAAUAGCAACGCCAAGGUUCCCAAAGGUAAUUGUGCGAACUUCAUAGAGUGUUUUUUAGAUGGCCAACAGGCUGAACAAGAAUUAGCAUCCAGGACCCUCCGAAUCCAGAACAAACGCUUCUAUCUCGAUGUCAAACAAAAUCGCCGCGGACGAUUUGUGAAAAUUACUGAGGCUGGAAUUGGGGGUCACAAAUCUCGCAUUUUAAUGUCCAUCACUGUGGCACUGGAAAUGCAAGAAAAAUCUUUGGCUCAAGAUGGCCGACUGGCUUCUGAUACAAUCGUGCGCGACAGCCGGCGCUACUAUCUGGAUCUCAAGGAAAAUGAGCGCGGUCGUUUCCUCCGAUUAGCAAUGCUUUCCAUGGGUGUGCGCGACCAUAUUUCUAUUCCUGCUCAGGGUAUGAUUGAGCUGCGCAAUGCAUUGACGGACCUAACGCAAGAGUUUGCCGGGGAUGCGGAGAACGACAUCUUUUCAGACCUGCCGGAAUCCAAAGUUUUGUUCGUUGGCAAUAAAACGUUUUAUUUCGAUGUUGGAUCCAAUCGCUACGGAGUCUAUCUGCGCAUUUCUGAAGUUCGUGCAAACUUGCGAUCAUCCGUCACUAUUCCUGAGCAACAUUGUUCUCGUUUCCGCGACAUCAUUGCAGAACUGGCUAGCAAAAUAUCGACACAAAAAGUCACUAAUGGACCUUCAGUGAACGGAGAUAGUGUGGAGAAACCGGAAGUUGCCGAGGUUGUAGAUAAACCAAAAGCCGCAACCGAACCAGUCAACCCCGGCGAACCGAUACCGGUGGCAUAA